AUGCCAUUUAUAUCGAAGGAUUGGCGAUCUCCAGGGGAAGUAUGGGUGAAAACGGAAGAAGGAUGGGAAAAAAAGAAAAUUCUGGAAUGCUGCAAUUUUUUACUAGGACAACAAGAUAAUUUAUUGACCAGAUAUUCUGUUUCCGACCAUUCUGAUGAAGAGAAGGCUGAUGAUAUAGAUAACUGGAAUGAAGUUGAAAAUUCCGAGGAAAAAGAAAACAAAGGCUCUACUAACCAUUUUAAACGUCUCAGAACUAAAUACUCAAGUGAAAGUCAGUAUGAUGGUGUUAUCCAGCCUCAUUGCCAUAUAACAAUAAAGUGUACAAAAGAGAUUGCAGGGUUUAAUGGUUUAAGUGAGGCACUCAAACGAUUAGACUUUCGUUCUGCUGUACACGAUGUCCGCCGUUUUCACUAUAUUUGUAAACUUCUUGAUCUCCUAGUGUCUCAUCGACUAAAUGCAUUGUCUGGUUGUGCUCAAAGGGUUCUAUUUAAUAUAAUUGAAGAAGUCGCUCACCAAGUAUCUCAAAGUCAACAAAACAAACAUAUGUUAGACCGUCUUUUAGGACAACUUCGCGAAGUUGUCGAAUGUGCAUGUUGGGGCAGACCACUAGGAUCAACAAUUUUAUGGGAACAACACUUAACUACUAUUAAUCGUAUUCAUGAAAUAGCUGAUCAAAUAGAAAUUCGUCAACCUGGUGAUAAUGAAGAACCACAAUUUGAUCAACUUCCAGAGGAGUGUGUUCGUGAGGUAUUGUUACGAUUAGCUGAUCAUCGUGAUCUGGAGCGUUCAGCACAUGCAUGGGGAGUAAUGGCACGUUUAGUGGAUGAAUUACGUAUUUGGCGUGAGUUAUGUCAAUUUCACUUUAGUCCACGUCAAAUACAGUCUGUAAUUGAUAGCUCACCAAGUACCAGUGAAGACUGGCAGCUAAUAUAUCACAAGUUAAGAAAAUGUUAUGGAUUACGAGAAGAAUAUGCUGAAAUGAUACAGCUAUGCCGAAACUGUAGAUGUUUGUUUUGGCAUAGUAUUGGACAUCCGUGUAUUGCAGACACUGAUCCUCAUUUUAUGGAAAAACUUGAAGAUGUUGAUAAAAAUUCAUUGUAUGUACCUAUACCACCACAAGCUUUUCUUAAAUUUUUUUCACUCUAA